CUACCUCUGCUACAAACUCUUACGCCUCCUCCUCCAUUUUUCAAAAACCCUAAUUCAGCCGGCGCCAUGGCGGAGGUCGAAAUCUCACGCUCAGAGAAGAAAAAGCACGUCAAGAAGGAGGAGAAUGAUGCCGCCGACACCGGAGACUACAUGAUCAAGCCACAGAGUUUCACUCCAGCAAUCGACACUUCGAAGUGGCCCAUCCUCCUCAAGAACUACGACCAGCUCAACGUCCGUACCGGUCACUACACUCCAAUCAGCGCCGGUUACUCCCCUCUCAAACGUCCUCUUCAGGAAUAUAUCAGGUACGGUGUCAUCAAUCUCGAUAAACCCGCGAAUCCUUCUUCUCACGAGGUUGUUGCUUGGAUUAAGCGUAUCCUCCGUGUUGAGAAAACUGGUCACAGUGGAACUCUUGACCCUAAAGUCACCGGAAAUCUCAUUGUCUGUAUUGACCGAGCCACACGGCUUGUGAAAUCGCAGCAAGGUGCGGGUAAAGAGUACGUCUGUGUAGCUCGGCUUCACUCGGCUGUCCCUGAUGUUGCUAAAGUGGCUAGAGCUCUUGAAUCGCUCACUGGAGCUGUGUUCCAGAGGCCUCCUUUGAUCUCUGCUGUUAAAAGACAGCUUAGGAUCAGGACAAUCUACGAAAGCAAGCUGCUUGAGUAUGAUGCUGAUAGGCAUUUGGUUGUUUUCUGGGUGUCUUGUGAGGCGGGUACUUACAUUAGGACCAUGUGUGUUCACUUGGGUUUGCUUCUUGGUGUUGGUGGGCAUAUGCAGGAGCUUAGAAGGGUCCGCUCUGGUAUUUUGGGUGAGAAUGAUAACAUGGUUACAAUGCAUGAUGUGAUGGAUGCCCAGUAUGUCUAUGACAAUUCCAGGGAUGAGUCUUAUCUCAGGAGGGUGAUUAUGCCUCUUGAGGUGAUAUUGACGAGUUACAAGAGACUCGUUGUCAAGGAUUCCGCUGUGAAUGCUAUCUGUUAUGGUGCUAAGUUGAUGAUUCCUGGGUUGUUGAGAUUCGAGAAUGACAUUGAUGUGGGUACUGAAGUUGUUCUUAUGACCACCAAGGGAGAGGCUAUUGCUGUUGGAAUUGCUGAGAUGACAACAUCUGUGAUGGCUACUUGUGAUCACGGUGUGGUGGCUAAGAUCAAACGGGUGGUGAUGGACAGAGACACAUACCCGAGGAAAUGGGGAUUGGGACCGAGGGCUUCGAUGAAGAAGAAGCUUAUUGCUGAUGGUAAAUUGGACAAGCACGGGAAGCCAAAUGAGAAAACCCCAGUUGAGUGGAGCAGGAACGUGGUGUUGCCUACUGGUGGAGAUGCGAUGAUUGCUGGUGCUGCUGCUGCUCCUGACAAUGCUGUUGUGGAGAAAAAGGUUGAGGCUGAGAAUGGAGAAGCACGUAAGCGUAAGCAUGAUGACAGCAGUGAUAGCCCUGCUCCUGUUUCAACCAAGAAAUCUAAAACCAAAGAAGUUGAAGGAGGCGAGGCUGAAGAGAAGGUGAAGUCAUCAAAGAAGAAGAAGAAGGAUAAGGGAGAGGAGAAAGAAGAAGAAGAAGCUGGGUCUGCGAAGAAGGAAAAAAAGAAGAAGAAAGAUAAGAAGGGAGAGGAGAAAGAAGAGUUAGCUUCACCAAAGUCUGAAAAGUCUGAGAAGAAGAAGAAAAAGAAGAGCAAAGACACAGAGGAAGCUGCUGUUGAUGCUGAAGAUGAAUCAGCAGCGGAGAAGAGUGAGAAGAAAAAGAAAAAGAAGGAUAAGAAGAAGAAGAACAAAGACAGUGAGGAUGAUGAGGAAUGAGAUAGGGUUUCCGUUAUGCUAGUACUCUUUUAAGUUUUGAACUCUUUUGAUUUUGUGGUAUCUACUGAGGAAAAAGGUGAGACAAAAGGCAUUAUAUGCUUGUAUUCUACGUCUCACUUCCGUUUACUUUUAUCAGUUUUUAUGUUUCUUAUCUAUUUUGUAAGGUUAGUUUCAGAUUUAAGCAGAUUCUCCCUUAGUUAUAUGACUCUGGUCUCUCUGAUU